UGGCGCGCUCUUCCAACUGUGGUUCGGAUGCAGCAUUUUUCUUACGUUCUGUGCGGUGCUUCUAUUUGUCAGAAAGCUCCAACGAUAAUGAUUUGACAAUAUGUCAUGGAGAGGCCCUCUGCAGCUUUGUGCAUCCAUUCUUGCAGGUGCUGGCUUCAUGACGUGGGAAAUUGCCCAUAAUAUUGAAAGUGUGCUUGUCAAAGAGGAGAGGAAAACUAAUGCUGGCUUUGAUUUUACUGCUGAUGUUAAUGCUGAUAGUAGCCAUGUCUUAGCCGAAUGUGUAAGAGUACCUUGGUUAGAUGAGGCUUGGAAUUACACCAAUACAGACAAUUGGCAAAAGGCAUUGUGGUCAAAUGUGCCAAACAGUUUAGUUACCCAGUUUUCUAAAGCCCUGUCUUCUCCAUUGGCCAUUCGUUUUUCAAUACCUCAGAAAUUCUUUGGUUUUCUUCAAGAAUUUGACGAUGAUGAUGCUAGGAUUCUUGGAACACAAAUGCUGGCUUCACUUGAGAUUCCUGAUGAGGCAGAAACUGAGAAGCUGAAUGAACUUGUGGCAUCUUGCGAUAACAGAAUACUGAUUGGUUUGGCCAGGUUACCAGGGCUUGAUACCAGACUGCUUGGUGUGCACAGAACAGAACCAGAGGUUGCUGUACCAUUACCAGGCUCAAUUGAAAGUGACCUGCAAGCUUUGCUGUUAAAGUUACCUCUAACUGGCUUGGACCCUUGUACAACGUGGUUCACUAGAAAUGCCAUCUUAACUGGCAAAUCAGCUAGUCAGCAUCGUAGGUCUCUGUUCUGGAGUUUCAGUGGUGACAGUCUGUCUUUUGCUCACACGCUCAGCUCUAUGCCGGCCGAACAGGUGGAACUGUACUAUCUUAAAGCUCUCACAAGGCACUCUAUGGUUCCUAGUCAUCGUUCUCUGAUGGUGGAGAAUGGAGUCCUGGAUGUGAUAUUUCGUGAAAUUAAACAUCGGUUUCACAGUCUCAGAAUUAAACGGGAGAUUGGCCUCUUACUCGGCAACUUAGCCUUAGAAGAAAGUGCUCACGAAGGAAUGGUAGAACAAGGCUGUUUGCCCCUUCUUCGUUCAUGGCUGUAUUCGGAUGACGUGGCCCUGUUUAGUCAUGCUGUCCGAACUCUUGCCAAUCUGGAUAGAGACUUCUGCAAGGACGAGAGUUACGAGAACGGCGUUUACCUGCUUCAUCCCCAGGGGCGGUUCACCUCCAGUGUCGAUGCUGAUGUGGUAUUUGUUCAUGGUCUUCGUGGCGGCCCCUUCAUGACUUGGAGGCAACAAGAAGAGAAGGACGUCAAGCAAUCUGGCACGGACUGUUGGCCUAAGUCCUGGUUGGUUCGUGACGUUCCUAACAUCCGGGUCCUUAUGGUAGAGUAUGACACGUCACUGUCGCAUUGGGUAUCCCAGUGUCCUCAAGAACCCGAGACUCGGUCCUUGAUGUAUCGCAGUGAGGAGAUAAGACGCAAGCUGCGCAAGGCGGGAGUCGGUAAACGUCCUGUGAUAUGGGUCGUGCAUUCAAUGGGAGGUUUGUUGGUGAAGCAACUUUUGCUGGAUGCGGAGAAAAACGACGAGUUUCGGUGCAUGUACGACAACACGAAAGGUAUCGUGUUUUACAGCACGCCUCAUCUGGGCUCUGCUUUGGCGUCCUACUCAUCCCAGGCCCGCCACCUUCUUUUGCCGUCUGUUGAAGUGAAAGAGCUCUGCCAGAAAUCGCCGUUCUUGGCCACUCUCCACGAUAAUUUCCUAGCGUUGGUUCAACGACAUCCAGUAAAGUUGCUUAGCUUCGGGGAGACUGUACCAAUGAAGCUGUCGUGGAUGCUUCAAACAGUUCUUGUGACUAAUGAUUCCGCAGAUCUGGGUGUUGGAGAAUUUUUACCACUCGAUGUGGACCACGUUGAUGUUUGCAAGCCCAGCAGCCAAACUGACGAGAGAUAUUUGAAGACUUCCCAGUUUAUACAGAAGCUGAUAUCGGAAUAACGUUCUUUCAAAAUUAAUUUCGAACUUUUUUCCUUUCAAGUUUCGGAUAUUAUUUUGUUUAUUUCAGUUCCAGCUACCAUUAUUAUAGUCACCACCCGCUAAAGUCUGCCUUUGAAAUGUUCUUUUCAGCCUUCCAAUGGUCGCAGUUAUUUUUUCAAUAUUAUAAUUUUUUUCAUUGCUCUAAAGGGGUUCUGUCUUACAUAAAUAUGAAGUCAUAUCAACGACGAUGUUAAGGAAAACCUAUACAUCAUUGUAAAAGGCAUGUAUUUCAACUUUAGGCCAGAAGAGAUUGAAACAUAUAAGCUUAUGUGAUCCUUUUUCUGGGCUAAUAAUAAAGGAAAUAAUAUGUUAUCAAGCAUGUUUCAAAAUAUGACUUUAUUCUUCCAAACGUU